AUGUCACAACUACAUAUUCAGCACAUGCCAUCUGGUUCCUUUGUUGCGACUAUACCAAGCACUGGUAGUCACUGCACAAAUUUGGGCUCCCACCUCGGGUCCGGCCCCAGUCGAAGACUCUCUCAUGCAGCUACUGGACUAGCUUCGUUUCAAUCGAUGUUGAUCGGAUUCGUGGGCGUUGCCAUUUCGUUCAUUGUCCUUAAAGGGGUGGACAAGAAAAAGAUCAUAGAUAGUACAGGUAACCAAGCAGGCAAAGGCUUACUAUUCCUCAUUGGUGAACUCACCACAGCCAUGGGAAUGCCUAUAUAUAAAGGUGAAAACACUGGUAGUCACUGCACAAAUUUGGGCUCCCACCUCGGGUCCGGCCCCAGUCGAAGACUCUCUCAUGCAGCUACUGGACUAGCUUCGUUUCAAUCGAUGUUGAUCGGAUUCGUGGGCGUUGCCAUUUCGUUCAUUGUCCUUAAAGGGGUGGUUUGUGUUUCCACUAUUGAUUCAUGCCUGUAA